UCUGUCAGCCGAGCAUGGCCCCGGCUGCAGGACAACCCCGCUGGCGCCGCCGUCCUGCCGGGGCCGGAGUUGGGGGGAUGUCCUUGGCCUUCCCUGUGGGCCGGAGGCAAAUCCCCUCCCUGUCCUUCUUGCUUCCUGCCCCAGGCCCCGAGCUGAGGACGGAGAGCCCGGAGGACAAAUCCCCCCGGCAGAGCCUGGUGGGAGAGGCCUUUUUGAAGGGCUCCCCGGCGCAGGAAGGCAGCGGGGAGGAAAAGGGCCGGAGAUCCCCCCGCAGGAGGGGCUCCAAAGCCAGCCCAGGGUGCUCUGAGGAGGAAAGAGCCAGCCUGUGCCGGGAAGGCGGCCGGAGCUUGAGGGGGAGCUCUGAGCUGGUGGUCCCUGAGCAGCCUCCCAGCAGGGAGAAGCCCUUCAGGUGCUUGGAGUGUGGUAAGAGCUUCAGGAAGAGCACCAACCUCCUCGAGCACCAGCACAUCCACACCGGGGAACGGCCCUACACGUGUGGGGAAUGUGGGAAGAGCUUCAAGUGCAGCUCCAACCUACGCAAGCACUGUCGUAUCCACCUGCGCAUCCACACCAGAGAGCAGCCCUACACGUGUGGGGACUGUGGGAAGAGCUUUAGGACGAGCUCCAGCCUCCUCGUCCACCAACGCAUCCACACUGGGGAACGCCCAUACAAGUGCUUGGAAUGUGGGAAGGGGUUUAGGACCAGCUCACAUCUCCUCCUGCACCAGCGGACGCACACGGAUGAGAUGCCCUUCCGCUGCACCGACUGUGGGAAGGGCUUCAGGCAGAACUCCCACCUUGUCAUCCACCGGCGCAUUCACACCGGGGAGAGGCCCCACAAGUGCUUGGAAUGUGGGAAGAGGUUUAGGACCAGUGCACAUCUCGUCCUGCACCAGCGGACACACACAGAUGAGAGGCCCUUCCGCUGCACCGACUGCGGGAAGAACUUCAGCCAGAGCUCCUCCCUUGUCACCCACCGGCGCCUCCACACCGGGGAGAGGCCCUACAAGUGUGGGGAGUGUGGGAAGAGCUUUGCCCAGAGCUCUACCUUGACCAAACACCAACAGACCCACCGGUAAGAGAAGCGCCUCGAGUGCCCCGACUGCAGGAAGAGCUUCGACUGCUGCUGCUGCUGCAACUCCAUCAGCCAUUGAAGGACCCCGUUGGGUGAUCCACAGGAACCCACGUUGGAUACAGACCUGGUGACCCUUGUUCCAGGUGAUCCAUGCUGGGCACACACCUGGUGACCCCUGUGUCCAGCCCCUGUCCCGACCCCUCUGACAGUGAGGGUGACCCAGGGUCUCGUUAACUGAUCCCUUGGGGAAGAUUACAGUUAGUUUAUCUAUCUCUCUAUCUCUCUAUCUAUCU